UCCGACCUCAACUUCCCCUAACACCACAAUGGCAGUCGAAUCAGUCGUCAUCAUCAACAACUACGGCAAAGCUCGCUUAGCGACAUUCUAUCGUCCCAUCUCCACCGCACGACAGCAGCUCCUCAUCCGCACAAUCUACCACCUCGUAUCCAAUCGGCCAGACGAAGGCUUGUGCAACUUUCUCGAUGCGCCUCAGCUAAAGGCCCUCCUCCAACCACCAGCGUCCUCUUCCAAAGCAUCCUCAACCACCCCUGGUAUCGACAACGACUACCGCGUCAUAUAUAGACACUAUGCUACGCUCUGCUUCAUCUUCGUCGUCGAUAGUGCCGAGUCCGACUUGGCUAUCCUCGAUCUCAUUCAGGUCUUCGUCGAGUCGCUCGAUCGAUUCUUCCCCAAUGUCUGCGAGCUGGAUCUCAUCUUCCACUACGAUGAGGUGCAGAGCAUUCUCAGUCAGCUGAUACAGGGCGGUUUGGUGUUGGAGACGAACAUCAAUGAGAUUGUCAAGCAAGCUCAAGCCGCUUCCAAAGCUCGCAAAGCAUCAGCAUCGUCGACACAGCUGCCACAAGGGGCCGCUUCUGUGGUGUCAGGCAAUGGCUUCCAGGUCGGCAUUAACGCUGCGACUACGGCGGCAGGAUGGGCUCGCGAUUGGAUGAGCACGAGGAGAUGACCGCAAGCCAGCAUAUAAGAUACCCGCAUCAUGAUCUCACGCCAGGUUCAACCAUGUACUACUACACAAUGCAAUUGACACAUGCUAGCUA